CCGUCUGUUAUUCUGGGUGUUGCUUGCCCGCGGAUGCCAUCCUCCUGAUCCAUUACCUUCAGCUUCGGGCUUCGGCCCUCCCUUCACCUUCUUCUUCAACAUCAAUCGACCAUGCCAUCCGACUCGUCCUACUCGCACUCACGCCGUCUCGUCACACCCAGCCAUGCCCUCCCGCUCCUGGCUCCAGGUCCAUCCUCCUACUUCCAGGACCCCUCCUCAUCCGCCUCAGCGGGUAUAGCUCCCUCACCAUUCACGCUAGACCCGACAUCAUCCUAUGCGCCCUCCUUCAAACACUCCACACGACUCACGGCCCUGCUGCUGUCAUCAUCGCAGGGCCACCAUGAACCUAUACCACUGACGAUGAGUGGUAAAGGCGGCGGAGAGGGAUACCGCUUCCCAGAGACGUACAACGAUGCCGAAUACACCAAGCGCAUGCGCAAUCUGAAGAUGCAAGGUGUCCAAGGUGGAGAGGAUCAUCCCGCCGCGGUACAAGGGGGAGAUGAUCGCUGGGGUGGUGAAGAGCCCUGGGCUUGGUCACAGGAAGAGGUCCUCCUACAGCCACAUCUCCUCUCCCAGCUUGCACAGAGCGAAGACCUCCUUCCCUCAGAGAUCCAUCCUGCCUACCCAUUCGGACGCCCUUUUCCCACACGGCCUGCUACGCUUCAUCCAAGAGCUUCGCUUCCAAAACGGGGAACAGUGGGAGGUACAGGCAGUACCUCGCGUCAGCUCAUGGUGGAGGCCGCCCUCUGGAACGGACUCAUCGAGGGAAACAACUUCGGCGAAGCAGGCGGGGCCGGUGGUGUUGGCUCGAGCGGGGACGAUCCUACUGCUGCCUGUCCCGGAGGUGGGUCAGAUGCUGCUCUCUCUCAACCUCUCCUGCGCCUACCUGCCUACCUACAGACUCGCUCUGCUCUCGGACCUGCCUCGACUGCCUCUUCUUCUAGCUGGCCAUUUACAAGAGCAGGCCCUGGCAGGUCGGGAUGGGACGCGAUCCUCAAUCCACGCUUUGACCAUCUCAGUCGUGCCAUAAAGAGCGACCAGGACGAGGAUGGCUGGCUAGAAGCGGAUCUGGAGAGUCUCUUCCCCAAGGGUAGGGAGAGGCACCCCACUCUACAUGCCUCUCAGGCAUUUCCAGUCGGUGAUACUUCGACGAGCAACGGCAAAUCAAAGCAGGCGCCUGCAGUCCUCCUCUCCUCAUCCCUCGCUCCAUUAGUAGAGGAUCAGCUUUCCUCCCCACUCGGCAAAGCCUUCUCCGCUGCCGCUCAAGGCGAGACGGCAGCCAUCGAAGCGCACCUCUCGGAGCUUGAAGCCCACCUCGUCGCCUCUCUCUCUGCACAGGAGAAAAAGGGAACCUCCCUUGCCGAAGAAGCACUACCGGAGGACCAACGCAACCCAGAGUAUGCGGCUAGUGCGGACCUGAGAAGAAUCAUGAGCGAUGCAGCUGGUGUUGGUGUUGGCGGCGGUGGUAGCGGAAGCAGCGGAAGCAAUGGAGGCGUCGAGGGCAGUGGUGUAGCAGGAGGUGGCAAGAAGCUCAAGUCGACGAAAAAGGGCAGGGGUAGAAGCAGCAGUCAGACGGACCUUCUCGCCGCCUAUGGCUUCGGAUUUGGGUCAAGCUCUAGCUCUAGCCCAGCUCCAGGCAACAGCCAUAAUCACAAUCACAAUCACGGUCACGGUCACGGUCACGGUCAAUCACUGGGACGAGGUCAAGGACAAGUGGACAGGUUCGGCUACCCAUGCGAUGAGCUUGCAACACUCGCCAUUCGAUCCGCCUCCACCUCUGCUAUUGGAGCCGAUUCCAACGCAUCCGCAUCCUCGUCAUCCUCUGCCUCCUCUCCCUCUCCUUGGUCCGAGGCUGCACUCCAGGCCGAGGCAGGAGACGAAGAAGGAGAAGAAGAUCAAGAGGUGGAUGACCCCUCGGGCGGUGAAACAGAGACGGAGACUACCAAUCGCAAUCGAAAUCGCAGUCGGGUUCAAGGAUCAGUACAAGCUUCAAGACCGAGCGGAGGAGAUGGCAGUACUCAGAGUCAGAGGCAAGGCGACGAUGGUAGUGCAACGCAGAGGCAGAGGGAGAGUGCAACGCAGAGGGAGAGGCAGAGGGCGAGGGAGAGAGAGAGGGAGCCUUCUCAACCUCGCCGGGAAGCCCGUAGCGCUUGGGCUCGUAUGCACGAGGAAUUUUUGAGGACACGAACGGGAGAUGGAGAUGGAGAUGGAGGUGGAGGGCACUAGGAAGUUGGAGUUGGAGUUGGGGAGAGAGGGAGGG